GUGUCAAACAGCCGUGUGAUGGCCGGGUGCGCGCGCGUGGGCUGACGACGGUUUUUGUAAAAUUGUUUUUUAAACUCGCUCCGGGCAAUUUUAACGUUUCCACUGAGCAAACCGUUUUGUGCCCGACCCGCCUCUCCCCCCACCCCACACACACACACACACACACACACACGCGCGCGCGCGCACACACCGAGGAAAAGCCCCGUCCCGCGCCGCAGCAGUUUGACAGGAACAUGGGAGCCGCAAGACGCGUCGGCCCGGUGCUGCUGCUCGUCGGCCUGCUGGGGCUCCACCACUCCUCGGGCUUCUGGAUCGUCAACGUGGUCUUCCCGCCCAACGCCAAAUCCCGACUACCGAGCAACAGUACUCCUCCGCUCGUUAUCGUGCCUGGGAACUUGGGGAACCGUCUGGAAGCAAAGAUAAACAAGCCGUCGUUGGUCAACUGGCUGUGCUACAAGAAAACAGAGCACUGGUUCCCCCUGUGGAUUGACCUCAACAUGUUCAUGCCUAUAGGUAUUGACUGCUGGAUCGAUAACAUUAGACUUGUUUACAACAGGACGAGUCGGCGAUCGUCCAACUCACCGGGGGUGCAGGUGCGGGUGCCUGGGUUCGGGCAGACGUAUCCCAUUGAGUUUCUAGACACUAACAAACUGGCUGGUUAUUUUUACACAAUGGUGCAACAUUUGGUCAACGUGGGCUACACCCGAAACGAGACUGUCCGAGGAGCGCCAUAUGAUUGGAGAUUAGCUCCUAAUGACAAUGAGGAGUAUUUCACGAAGCUGGAGGAGCUGGUUGAGGAGAUGUACGAGCAGUACCAGAAGCCCGUCUACCUGCUGGGACACAGCAUGGGCUGCCACUACGUGCUGUACUUCCUCAACCACCAGCCUCAGGCCUGGAAGGACAAGUACAUCAGGGGCUUCAUCUCCCUGGCAGCUCCCUGGGGUGGUGCUGUUAAACCCCUCAGAGUCAUGGUGUCAGGGGAUAACGACGGCAUCUCGAUGAUCUCCAACAUCAAGAUCCGCGAGGAGCAGAGGAUGUCGACGACCAAUCCCUGGAUGCUGCCGUCUGAGAUCGCCUGGCCAAAGGACCACGUGUUCAUCUCCACACCAACCUUCAACUACACCAACCAGGACUACCAGCGCCUCUUCACGGACAUCAACUUUGAGGACGGAUGGCACAUGUGGGAGGACACCAAGAACCUGACCGGGGAUCUCCAGCCUCCUGGCGUCGAGGUGUGGUGUAUGUAUGGCGUUGGGCUUCCGACUCCGGUGACAUACAUCUACGACGAGGAGUUUCCCGACAUGGACCCGGUGGACUUUGUUUACGCCGACGGGGACGACACGGUGGACAGCUUCAGCAUGAGCCUCUGCAAACGUUGGCAGGGGCAACAGGAGAAGCCCGUCCACGUGACAGAGUACCGAGGGCUGGCCCACCUAGACAUAGUGUUCAGUGAACAGGUGCUCAAUCAAAUCCAGCAUAUCCUGGAGGGACGAUCAGACAGGCCCAGUGAGGUCGACGUCCGGUUUAAGGGUGAAUAGGCAAAAGCCUUUAAAAGUGGAAAAAAAGAAGUAAAUACACAGAGUGACGGUUUCUUUACAAGCCGACCUACUCUUGCUUUUGUUCAAUGUUGUAUUUCUUUUAAUGUCCAUUCAGGUGGCUUCAAAUAGUGUCACAUAGUACAUCUUCUUAAAAAUACACAACCCUGAUGUUUACUUUUGAUGGAUGUUCUCUUCAUUAUUGCUUUCAAAGGGCCCACUCACCCAACGACACAUAUGUAUAAUAAUAAAAGUAGUUGAGAAGAGGUGAGUGUAAUGGAAAGUUUAUAGGGGACCUCACCAUUUGCCCUUCUUUGUUGUUUUAAGGUUGUACCUGUAUUAUUUCUAUAAGGCUAUAUGUUUUUUCUGUAUGAAAUAUUUUUGAAUAGAAUACCCCAAGGCUCACACACGGUUUAUACUCUCAUAAACUAGCGACGAUAAUGUAUACUGUUAUAUGAAGGCCAAGUGUACUUGAAUGUUUCCACUGAUAAUAAAACAACAUCAUUUCAAAAAAA